AUUGCAUGAUAAACAAAGACCACGAGUCAUUUACUUCUUAUAUGAGAUAUCAACAUCGACAGCCUCUGUAAAGUGUUGAUAAAAUGUACAAGCUUGAGAGAUAUUUACCAUGAUUUUAAUGAUGAAGACUCCCUGAAUAGAAUCUGACCUCGGAAAUGUCGGACAAGUCCAUUUUAUGAACAGAUACCCCACAAGAAUGGCUGGUCCCUGUGAGGAAACAUACGAACUAAAAAAGCCGCAGAUCCUGCGGUUCCUGGAGUCCGAGGAUGGCAAGUGUGUACUGAGCUCUCUUCAGGAGCAGGAAGGAUGCAUCAUAGAAGUCAUGGAGAUAGACACUGAAGAUACUGCAACACGUGUCAACUUGUCAUUUCUCAAGAAGCAGAUAACAGAGGUCACGGAUGACGUCAUCGUUAGUUCCGUGGGAUCAGAUCUGGACAUGCUGACUGGCCAACUUUCCAGAUGUGUUUUGGAGGCUGCUGGGAAGGAGAUAGGAGAAGAGUGUAGGAAAAAAUGUCCAACAGGAUUAAAUGUUGGUGGGAUGGUUGUGACAUCUGGAGGUAGACUAAAGUGUAAGGCAAUAUACCACUGUUGCCUGCCCCCCUGGAGCAACAAGCAGCUUAGUCCAGAAGAUGUGUUAAAACAAGUAGUCAGCUCUUGCAUCACCACCGCUUCGACUGAAGGAUACAAAUCCAUUGCCUUUCCUGCCCUUGGAUCUGGUAAUCUUGGCUAUCCUAAGUACGUGACAGUAGCAUCCAUUGUUGAUACUGUUCGGGAGUUUGGCGAUGUCCCCCUUUCCCUAGCGGACGUGCAUGUCGUGGUCUCCAGGAAGACCUAGACUUUGAAGAGGCUUAUAAACAGCACCAACACAAGGUAACGGCGUCUGAAGAUAAGAGCUCAGGAAGACUGAAGUCUCGUAUAAAGGCACUUAAGAGGUCAACAUCCAGAACAAAGGUUCCUACGGAAGACGGUGUGCUUGAAACACCAAGCAGUAGUGUAUUGAAAAAGAUGCCUGCAACAGAACGCCGUGGCAAGAACGAGUCUGCAGCGUCAGUCACAGUGUUCUGCCAGGAAAAUAAGUGUGACGUCAUCAUAAAAAAACUGUCAGACAGAUGUGAUGAAGACUACUCCAGGAUAGUCGCGGACCAGAGAACACUGAAGCUGAAGUCUUCACAGACUGAAGACCUUUUGGUGUUUGCAAAGAAAGAGGGGGUGGUUGUCGACAUUGUAGAAGACAGUGGAACGGUAAUUCUGAAGGGUCCAUACAACGGCCUUACCAAAGUGAGUCAUCAUCUGGAUGAGAUGCUACAAACAGUUGCUGAGUUUGGUUUUGUGGCCUAUCCAAUUUGCUGGGAAAGAGUAGACACUGACCAGAGGGUGUUCUGCGUGGCUGAAGGAAGCAGAGAAUACAUAUGUGUUAAGAACAAUUUGAUGAAGUCUUUUGAAGACAAGGCAAAACGUGUAACCAUCCUUAAGAUCGAAAGGAUUCAGCUUCCGAAAUUGUACAAGCAGUUUCAGAUCGAGAGACAGACUGUGCAGGAGGAACACCCCUCUCAAGUUAAUGAACGCAUCCUUUGGCACGGAACCGACAUCGAAGCGAUUCCCAAUAUCAACAAAUAUGGCUUUAAUAGGUCUUACAGUGGAAAGCACGCUUCUCAGUACGGACAAGGUGUGUACUUUGCCAUGAGUGCCAUCUACUCUUCUGACGACAAGUACUCUCCGCCAGACACCCACGGAAUCAAAUACAUCUACCAAGCUCGGGUCCUGACAGGCAGAUACACCAAGGGGAAUGCCACCAUGAGGGACGCUCCCCUUGUUAACCCCAAGAAAUCUGUCAGGUUUAACUCCACCACUGACAACGCUUCACGGCCAUCGCUGUUCACCAUUUUCCGGGACACAUAUUCCUACCCUGAAUAUCUCAUCUCUUUCCAACUGUCAGUGCAGCAAGAAUCAUAAAUCAGAACUCAGGACAGCGUCAGAAGUACCAAUGGUUCCCUACAAAACUCUUUAUACCACUCAACUCUUCAUUGGAACAUUCCCAUUAUGUUAUAACAGUGAGUGAGUGAGUGCGUUGGGUUUAUGACGCUUUUAACAGUAUUCCAGUUAUAUCACGGCGUGUCAGCUUAAUGUGGGGGGAAAGCCCGAAGUGAUGCAGAUCUCAGGCGCUUACCGCU